UGCAGCAAAGAGGCUCACUCUUCCGCGACACCUCUCUUCGUCUUGCUAGUCUUAUGGGCGUCUACGUCUACCGUGACGUUUGGCCCUCGUAACUUUCACAAUAGCGCCCCUCGAUAUACACGAGGGUCCAAUCCUAUGGACGAAACUCGUCAUGCUCGCACUGGCAGCCGUCGUCAUCCCUCUGGUUGAGCCGCGUUUGUACGUGCCCGUCGACCCGGACCAUUCCGUGUCCGAAUCGAGCCCGGAGCAGACCGCCUCCCUUCUCUCGACAUGGCUGUUUGCGUACUUAGACAGAGCAUUUUCGAGGCUAUGCGCGUCAAGCACCUGCCUAUCGACAAAUUUCCGCCUUGCCGGACGAAGAUACGGCACGGCACCUCGCUCAGGCCGCUUUUCCCCUCUGGAUACGCUGCAUAGCAAGAAGCGCCAGCAUGCGGCAUGGGGCCUGUUGAAGGUCUUCCGCUUUGACUUCUUGUUCAUCGGAGUUUUGAUGAGCUUGCAUGCCUUUGCAUUACUCGCCAAUCCAUUUGGCAUGAAGAUGCUACUUGGUACAUCGAGACGGGAGGAGAGGGCGCUGUAGUCAAGCCCUGGUUCUGGAUUCUUUGGAUGUUGUUUGUGCCCGUCAUCGGCGUCAUGCUAGUGAGCCUGCGAUGUCGCAUGCCGUGCGUUCCAUCCUUGCCACAGUAGGCAAAAAAAUGAUCAAAACCUGACAGAUGAGGAUUACGGUCCGCACCGAGGCGAUCGUAACUGAAUUAGUCUUAAUCAUGCUCUUCGGAUGAGACUCAAAGCGGAGAUAGACGACACAGGAACAGCACCAGGGCAAGAUUCGCAGAACAGGACACGGGAGACA